AGUUUCUCCCCACAACGCAGAGAGAAAUACAAAAAAAGCUGGUGGUUGUCAAAGAGCAGACAUGUUACACUGUAUAACAUAAAAAAACGAAUUAUCAACAUCUUAAAACUAACCCAUACAACAUUCUGCAGCAUUGUAUUUUUAUUAUUAUGUUUAUUGUCAUGCUAAAGGAGUGAAAUAAAUGCCUAAGGAUGAGUCUUGCAGCAGGUGUGUGUGAACGAGCAUGUCACUGAUCGUCUUUGUGUUGGUGGCGAGACUCAGGGAUGGACUCCCUCUGUCCGCCUCCACCGACUUCCAGCACAGCAGAGAGCUGCAGGAGAGAAAGCAGCAGAUCCGCACAAUAUCAAAAUCGCUGAGCUCGCUUCCUGAGAGAGGGAUCAUCACGGGUCAUGAGCUCUAUAUCUACUUCUUCACGUCAGAUGACGUGGCCUACCUGAGUGUGUGUUUGUGCAGUGUAUCUGCUGCUGUGGCAUUCAGCUUCCUGGAAGAUCUUCGCUGGCAGUUCACGUCCACCUUCGACGGUUUAGCGGUGGCCCAGGCGUGCCGACCAUAUCCUUUCCUGGACUUUGACGGCGUAAUUCAGAAGCUGCAGCAGCACUAUAACCAGAGCGGAGGUCCUGCUCUUGGAGUUACUCUGACCACAGUGCAGGAGGAGCUCAGCCUCAGUCCUCCCCACGUCCUCACCAUGGAUGGGAUACAGCUCGGGAACGGAGUUGCGAACGGCCACGCUGAGCAGACCGCCUCGUCAGGUCAGACGCAGAGGCUGGAGCCGGUGUCUGCUCCUGGAAUCCUCUCACUCACCCUCAACAUCAUGUGUGCUGCUCUCAAUCUAAUCCGGGGCAUUCACCUCAUCGAGUAUACCUUCAAGGAUGAUUUCGACGGAUUAUGGAAUGUCGUGGCAUUUCUCGUGGCGUUCGUGUGCUGUGUUUGCCAGUGCCAGCUUUAUUUAUUCCACUCGUCCCGGAAGAAGAUUAAGUCAUUAACACUCCUCACCGUGAUCGUUCUCUGUAACGGAUUCCUGUUUGGCCUGAGGAACAUAUUGCAGCUGGCCUUCCACAUGUCUGUGGCCUUCAUCUCAACCCUCCUCAUCCUCAACCGCAAGCUACAGGACAGGAGCUUGGACUGUGCCGUGUGAUCUUAAACACACACACACACACACACACACACGCACACACUGGUGUCUUCAGCUGUUUCUGGAAACACACAGGACAAUACACAAGGUAGGACAUGAUGAAUGCUCCGUUUUCAACAGACGACCAAAUUCCACUGACCUUGAUGAAGAGUGGGACAGUUUUAUCGUUUUUUGUAUAUUUGAAUAAUUUACAGAUGCUAUCAGUUUGUAUCAGUUGUUUUAAAUCACAAAUUAUUUUUUAGUUUUUUUUUUUCUUUUUUUCUUUUUUUUUUUCCUCACUCUUCACAUAUCGCUAUACUUUUGCAGAACACAUUCUGAAUGUAAUAAGGUUCAGAGAUUAUUAAAAGGGACUUUAAGGACAAACUAUGGUCCGUUGUAAGGGUUGUGUAAAAUGAUUAGAGAAAUAAUCCAAAAGAAAAA